GUAAGAUACAAAGUGGCAGCUCGCUUCUGCAAUCUUCUGAGCCUUUGAGAAUGGAGUCCUUUGAGCUGGCCCAACAUGGAGCUCAAGGGAGAAGUCUGUGUUGUUUUCAUCAAAUGGUUGGAAGAAUCCUCUUUUUGGUCACUGAAGUAGCUUACUCCAACUUGGAGUAUUUCAUAUUAUAUUGCAGUGGAGGUGGCAUUGUGCUCAAGAGCUAAUAGAGGCACAUCUCAAAGCAUGAAAUUUUUGGUGUUGAUGCAGUCACUCUAAUCUUCAACAAGUACACCAGUGAUUUCCCUGUCGAACACCUGUUCAAUGGUUGGCUGGGCAGCCUGGUAGAGAGAUAUGGUGGUCUUCUCCUGCACCACAAUGUGAGUGUUACUGCUUUGAGAGAAGUCUCUUCCAUGAGUUUGAGAAUGAGCAAAAUAUGAUAUCUUGCUUUCAGCGUAAUGGAGAAAGGGAAGAUGAGCUGCUAUGGCAUCAACACAGUCUUCGGGACUCCUUUAUGGAACAGAGGUUUGGCAAGAGAUCUCUUCUAUAAGUUGGAAGAUGAGCAUGUAAGCAACCUUCCUUUGAACACAAUGGAGAAAGAAGGUUCACUGUCGGCUAUUAAAGGAGAAGAAAGAUGCAGUUGGUGAUUCCUUCGAAACUCACAGAUUGUGAAAGAUGCAGUCUUUCUGCAAAGACAUCAGAAUGAUGCUACAUUUCAGUGUAAUUGAGCCAAAAUAUGGUAUACAUCUUUAAGCUAUAUGGCCUGUCUAAUGGCUGCACUGAAGGCAUGCAUUUGGAUCAACAGGGAAUGCAUGGCCGUAUCAGAGGAAUCAAUGAUUUGUUGAUGCAAUCUAGCAAUUGCUCUACCAAUGGAAAUCAGCUCAUUAGGUCAAUGAGCUGACCAAAAGGAAGUCCUAAUCAUUGACUCUGUGUCUUGGGGCUGCCUCAUGAUGUUGAUCCUGCAGUACAUGUAUUUCUCAGACCGAGUCACAACCCAGUCCGAGUUUGACCCGGCCCUAAACGUAUUUGCAACAUGCUGCUGCUAAUGAUUGCAAGAAAAAUGUCGAUAUACUUUGCGUUAAUCUUAUCUAUUCUCAUAUAUUUGGAUGGUAAUGAUCCUUCGUAAUCAAUCCGUGUAUACCAUCAUGAAGCAUUACGUCGAACACUCAGGUCAACCACGUCGAUCAAACGGCAUACUGAACCCGAGGCACCACGAGGAAGCAGAGACGACUCCUGGGAGCAUCUGCGUGCAACGAGCUCUGGUCAUUGCUCCGACCUUGCGGGACACUACUUCUUCCGCCUGCUAGCUGACGGAGCAAGUUCGUUUUCUGUGAACGAGGAACAAGGGACACACUGUGCGCGUUGCCCGGUUACCAAAUCCUUGGUCUUUCUCCCAUGGAGCAAUGUCGUGAGCAACAGCAGUAUCUGUUAUGCUUCAUUCACUCGGCAUUUGCUCAUCAUCACGAAGCCGAGUCAUGCAUGCCACCAGAUCUGAUGCUUGUAUUGCUACUGUCUAUAUAAGGAUUGUAUCUCCAGUUUCUCUUGGCAGCGAGGCGUUCGGUUAGGUUCCUGCUAGAUUCAUGGCGCAGGCUCGAUCACCGGCAGGGCAGAGUGGGCAGCUGCCGGACUUGUCGCACAGCGUGAAGCUCGAGUACGUGAGGUUGGGCUGCCGCUACCUGAUCAACCACAUCCUGACCUUGUUGUUGAUCUCCCUCGUGGCCGCGGUGGCCAUCGAGGCCCUGAGUACUCAGUGGCUCGACCUGGAGUACGACCUGGUGAGCGUCCUCGUCGUCUUCGUCGUCGUCGUCUUGGGAUCCACUGUCUACCUCAUGACCCGGCCGCGCCCGGUCUACCUCGUCGACUACGCGUGCCACGUUCCCCCACACGAGCUCCAGAUCCCGUUACAACUGGUGAAGGAGCGGUGCGGCAAAUUCGGCAAGUUCGACGAGCCGACCGUCGAGUUCCAGUUAAAGGUCCUCGAGCGCUCCGGGCUCGGCGAGGAGACGUACGCCCCCAAGGCCAUGCAUAGCGUCCCGCCCCGCCCUUCCAUGGCCUUAGCCCGAGAGGAGACCGAGCAGGUCAUGUUCGGCGCCCUCGACGCCCUCUUCGAGAACACCGCCGUGAACCCCAAGGACGUGGGGGUCCUUGUCGUGAACUGCAGCCUGUUUAACCCCGUCCCUUCCCUCUCCGCCAUGAUCGUCAACCGAUACAAGCUCCGGAGCACCGUCAGGAGCUUCAACCUGGGCGGCAUGGGGUGCGGCGCCGGCGUUAUAGCCGUCAGCCUCGCCGGCGACCUCCUGCAGGUGCACCACGCCACCUACGCCGUCGUGGUCAGCACGGAGAACAUCACCCAGAACUGGUACGCCGGCAGCCGCAAGUCGAUGCUCAUCGCCAACUGCUUGUUCCGCGUCGGCGGCGCCGCCGUGCUGCUCUCCAACCGCUUGGCCGACCGCCGGCGCGCCAAGUACAGGCUCGUCCACGUCGUCCGCACCCACCGGGGCGCCGACGACAAGGCCUACCGCUGCGUCUACCAGGAGCAGGACGACGACGGCAACGUGGGUGUGUCCCUGUCGAGGGACCUCACGGCCAUAGCGGGCGGCGCCCUCAAGGCCAACAUCACCACCCUCGGCCCCCUCGUGCUCCCCGUCAGCGAGCAGCUCCUCUUCCUCGCCAAGCUCGUGGCCAAGAAGCUGUGGAGCGACAAGACGAAGCCGCACAUCCCGGACUUCAAGCGCGCCUUCGACCACUUCUGCGUCCACGCAGGGGGCCGGGCGGUGAUCGACGAGCUCGAGAAGAACCUGGAGCUGCGGCCCGUCGACGUGGAGGCGUCCCGGAUGACGCUGCACCGGUUCGGGAACACGUCGUCGAGCUCCAUCUGGUACGAGCUGGCCUACAUCGAGGCCAAGGGGAGGAUGCGCAAGGGCCACCGGGUGUGGCAGAUCGCCUUCGGGAGCGGCUUCAAGUGCAACAGCGCCGUGUGGCAGGCGCUCCGCAACGUGCAGCCCUCGCCCCAUGGGCCAUGGGAGGACUGCAUCCACAGAUACCCCGUCCAAACAUCCCACCGGAUUGCUUCACCACGGCAAGACGCACAGCCACAGCCACAGCAGCAUUGACUCUGCUGUGACCUGGCAUUUAGCCCUGACAACAAUAACAAGCAAGAGACCGAACACAGACUUGUUUAGUGAUCCUCUCUCAACACGAUCUCAUCAGAAGACACUUUUCUUGAGUGGCUACAAAACAAUGCAACCGGAAAUGUUCAUGUUUUGGACCAAAAUGGGAGAAUAAGAUAUCGAUCUGAAUCAAGCAAAUCACCUGUGUGUCGGAAGAGAAAUAAUGACAGGACAAAAGACUAACAACAAAAGCAGAGGAGGUGAAGCUGUCAACCAAAUGCAUUCUCCUUUACCAACAAAGACACGCUAGGUUUAUUCGAUUCUAAAGCCUUAUCUACAGCCUCUUUACUUGAUAACAAAGAAGGAUAUGACUGUUUGGAUGAAUCAAAAGAACUUAAAAGAGAAAUCAUUUUAACAUGUAACUCGGAAUACAUUUGGGAAAACAGAGAAAGCAUUCCCAGAACAAAUGGUGACAUUGAAGAACCAAUACAUUCUUUUAAUACAACUAUUCAAAAGACAAAGAAACCAUGCAAGUAAACUUUUUCCUGAUGUUCUCUUCAUUCCAUUAUUUCCUCGGACAAAUUUUUUCCACACACUGCCAGUAAAACUAGAUUUUGCAACCUGGAAACCAUGCACAAAUUAUACAAAUGUACCGAUACCUUCUCGUUCCACACAAUGCACACUACAGAGCACCAAAGAAUGUUAGCAGCCCCACCUCAUGAAUUUCCUUGCACUCGUAAGUUCU